UUUCAGACGGACAAAAAAUCACAGGAGAUCAAAGAGAAACCCGCAAUCGAGGAAAAUGCAUUCGAGGCACUCGAAAGAGAUUUCCAAGAGGUAUGAGACUGCCGAUUUUAUUAAAGAACGGGAUUAUGAUGAACGCCUUUAUGUUUAAGCUUGAUACUGUAUUAGCUAGUAGUUGGCAUUUGCGGUCGGCCAGUUACAAUCUGCAUCUCUGGGAAAUCUGAACAAAUAAACUUAUGGAGCGAAACCGUUCCAAAAUGUCAUUUGACCUUUUUUAAAGCUAAUCGUUUCUAACUUUUGUAGGUUCUUGGAGAGCUCAUGGGAGAUAAAAGCCUCGAAAAGUUUCGUGUGGAGUAUGAGAAGUUACACAGAGCUUUGAAGAAGUCUCAUGAAAGCGAAAAACGUUUGAUGCAAAAAUGCAGGGAGCUGAACGCAGAGAUUGUAGCAAACGCUUCCAAAGUUCAAACGGCUUUGAAACUUUCGCAGGAAGAUCAGACGACGAUUGCUUCCCUUAAAAAGGUAAUCAUUUUCGAAAGUAAACGACCCUUGUAAAGACUGCUGGUAUCACAUAAAUUUGCUAACUAGUUGCAGAAUGAUUGAGAUCCUUCAGCAAUAAAAUAAUACUUUUUAUAAUUCAGUUAGCCUGCAUCACAGAUAUAAUCUAACCCUGGGAAGUAACAUCUGUGCAGCCCUAAUAUUACCAGUAAUAUGUUUCAAAUUUCCCGUCAGCUUGAUUGGCAAAUGGACAGUGGCAUUUUCAACAGCCCAACCAUGGUGUAUACUCAAAUCCUGGUACACAGUUGGGGAUCCAGAACAAGGAUUUCGGCACUGCCUCACAGACGGACUUAAAAAGAUGUUUAGUUCCGUCUGUGGCGCAGACCAAAUUCAGUGAGUGAGCUUAAGAGAGAAACAUCCAUCAUUUACAUGAUGUAGUGAUCUACAAGUAACAGCCAAUCAAAUCAUUUACCACUCAUUCCGGGAAAAAUCACAUGGCCUCCAUACACAAUUAGCGAUGCCAAAUCGCAGACGCCCCUUCUCCAAUUUUUCUUGAGAGAAGGGGGGUCUGUACACAGGCUAGUGCCAGUAAGAAGAUCAUAUGUGGGCAAAACUCAUUCCAGCACUAUUAAUAAAUUGUAGAACUUCCUUGGAACAUGUUAGUUUAGUACCAAAGUAUCAAGUUGUAACAGUAAAGGAAAGUCUUAGCCUAGUUAAAUGUAUUUUACUUUCAUGCUAAUCAACUUUUGAAAGUGCAACUGCCUUUAGAAGUGGGUAAAUCAAGCUUAAUUCACAAAAUGUUUCAAGAAUUGUUGGCUACCAUUCUUACCGGUAGUUUGUUUCUGUUGUUUUCUUUCUCUUAGGAAAUUGAAAAAGCAUGGAAAAUGGUUGAUGCAGCACAUGAUAAGGAGCAAAGAGCAAGGGAAACUAUUCAGUCUUUGAAACUUGAGAUAGCAAACCUCAGUAAACUGGUAGAACAGGGAGCAGGCUUAACUAUGGGUCAAGAUCACAGGUAAUGACAAAAAUAUACGAACUAAAAGUGUAUAAAAGAGUGUGUGUGUCCAAGUUUGGUUGUGUAUGUCUGCACUUAUUUUGCAGUUAAAUUCAUUCCUUUCUAAUGCAGGUUCAGAGCCACCUUAAAUCUGUGAAAGGUGAAAGAAAUAUACUAGUGCUAUGGUGCUUUGUUAUGCUAGAAUACAGCCUUUUUAAUAGCCAUGUUGGCAUUUGGUUCAAUGUAUGACCUUAGGUGUGCUUGCAUUUUAGUUGUCGACUUUUUUAACUUAACAUGCCAGAAGACAGGUUCAUUUGACUGUUUUGUUAAAAUUUUAUGUUAUGUUUGCUUUUCAAUUUUAGUGUUAAUGAGCUGCUCAAAAUCAAAGAUGAGCUGACAAAGGAAAGAGAUGAAAAAUUGUCUGAGAUUACCAAGGUUUGAAUUUUUUGUUUUGUUUAGAUUCUGACUUGUUAAUUUGUGUAUGUCUUAUACAUGUACAUGAAUAACUUGAUUGUAAUUCCUUGCUUAUGUAAAGUCAAUGUUAAAUUUUUUAGAUGAGAGAAGAGCUCUCUAGUGCAACUGCAAAACAGCAGAAGGCUGAGCAAGACAGGGAAGAAGCUGAGAUGAAGAUUGCAGAAGUAAGUUACAUGUGCUCAUAAACUCAUAACCCUAUCCACAGGUACUUACAAGUAUAUUAUACAUGUAGUAUACAAGGUACACUGUAGACUGAUAUUAGUGGUGUGCCGAUCAUCGAUUAUAAUCGAUCAUUGAUCGCAAAUCUUUAAGCAACGUGACAAUCGAUUAUGGAUGAUGACAAUCAAUUAUCCCGGACAAAUGAAAAAAAAUUAUUGAUGACAAAUAAAAACUUGUAAUAGCAGCUUCCACUGACUACCUCUUUCUCCUACGUUUCAUACAUUUUUAAUGUUUUCCAAAACUCGGUGAAACACGCUGGCGCCAGACUAGAUUUUGCAUUUUGCAUUUAAUUGUUCAGAUUUGAUAGCGCAUAUUUCAAACAGAAAAAACUUACCUUGAUUGUUCUCUUAGAAAUUAUUCUAAAUUAGUAGCUGGCCAUAAAAUACAUUUUUAGAUCUACUACUGUGAUCAGAAAGGUUACAAGAGUAGAUGAAAGCAAAACAGAUAUAAACAGCUUGCCAAGAUCGAAGUGAAACUCAAGUUUGUUCCCAGGGUCUUCUUCUCGUUGUCUUAAUAUAAGUUGUCCACAGCAAACAAGGUGGCUGAGUUCUUUAUCAACAGAUUUUUAUCAAUAGUUUUUUAUUGAUAGAUUUUCCAAUUAUAAUCGAUGAUCGAUGGGUUGGGUCAAUCCGAUUAUUUCCAAUGACUCGAUGAUAAAAUCUCAGCCGAAUCCCUUCACAAGUAAAAUAGCCAACUGAAUCACCACCGUAUAAAGGCUUUACAGACUCAGCUACAUGGAAUGUACUCAUUUGCAAGACAAAGUGGCAUUGAUCUGUUUUGGUAGUGAGAUUGCCAAUCUACAGUUGGCUACACACAUUAAAAUCUACUUGAACAAUAAUUUCAUUCCCCAAGGCCAAUCUAAGACCAUGCUUUCGAGGAGGAUAUGAUACUUUGGCUGAUGGUUUGUUUUCCCAGCUCAGAAAUUUAUUGAAAUGGUUAGUAUUUGUUAUCAUGUUAGCAUACAAAAAAAAUAUCAAGUUUUGCAUGUAACUUAUGAAUAAUGUUGUUACCUUGACGGCAGUUGUAUGUGUUGCAGUUAUUUUUUUAUUUCAGUCAAUUCUUGAUUUCCUUUGUUUUGGGGUAUGGUAAUGUAUGCCAAUGAAUUUGGAGCAAAGGAAAAAUAAAAAUUAACUGCAACAUAUGCAUUGAAGGAAUUAACCUUUAAUAGUUGUUUGGAUCUUCUCUUUUCAUUUUGAACUCCAGCUUAAAGAAGACAUUCAAGUCCGCAGUAAUGAAGCACAGCGAGAAGCCAGGAAAAAGGAGAAAAUCGAAAAAGAGUUAAAGCAAGCCAAGAAUGACUUGGAAACCAGAACUGCCGAGUUGAAAACAAAAUCGGGCAAUCUUCAACGAGCACAGGAAGACAUAACUAAGCUAGAACAACAACUUAAAGAACAAAGGGUAAGUUCACAACAAGAUAAAUUGCAUGUUCGAGGUCGGCACUUCUUUGAGGCUGGGCGCUUAUUAAAUUUUCACCAUUCUCAGCAAGUGUAGUGGUAUAUUUUCCAACAAAAAAAUAAAAGCUAAUUACAAAAAGCAAAGAUGCAACAAAGCAAGGUUUCUGUAAAAUACUUUGAACAAAACUCGGUCUUCGGGAGGGUCUCUUAUCAUCUCUUAUUGGAGUUUUUGUUGGAGGGAGUGGGGUGGGGUGGGUGCUCAUUCGAGGCUGGGCGCUUAUUAACUUUUUCUGCCUUUAGGAUGGGCGCUUACUCGAGGUGGGCGCUAAUUCGAGGUUGGGUACUUAAUCGAAUAGAUACGGUAAUGCAUGAAUCCAUACCUGCCUUUUUAAUACUGAAGUUCUACAUGUACACAUGUCCUUUUCCUUCUGUAGAUACUAAAUGAAAAAGCCAUGAAAGAUACAGAUCUGCUGAACGCUCGACUCACCAAAGUCCAACAGGAUUUUGAUCAGCAACUGUUGAACUGUGAUCAGCUUGCAACGGAAAAUACACAAAAAGCUGCCGAGCUGAAAGCCAAAGAAGAUGAAAUCAACGGCCUUAAACAGGACACAGUCCGACUAACGAAAAUGAGAGAAGCAAUCCAAAGAAAGCUUCGAACCAUUGAAGAUCAAAAAAUGGAAGUUGAGCAGCAGAAGGAAACACUCAAGGGGCAGAUUGCAGGGUUAGAAAAAGGUAUUAAAACUUGAGAAUGUUUCUGGGAGUUUUAGGAAAUAGAAGGAGUACAUACCAAAUAGACCCGUCCACUUAUUGAUGACUUGAAAAUAAGCGUGGUAGAUUUUUGCAGCCUGGUUGCAUAUAUGAUCGCUGUGAUACUGAAAAAAGUUCUGAUCCAAGCAAUCGUAGAGAUUGUAGCAGCCAUGUAGAAUUAAUUAAGCCUUCCUUAAUGGCCAUUUUAAGGUUGUGAAUAAGACUGGAUCGGUGUUGUGUCAGAUUGCAGGCAUUUUCAUUCAGCGAUCGUUGUUUAAAACUGUGAACAAAGAUAAGGUGCCGGAUGAGGCGAAGUUACGGGAUACAAGCUGUAUGAUUCUCGGUUAAUCUUCCCUCGUUUUGAUUUUUAUAUGACGUCAAAAUUAAUACAAAUGUAUUUGUCGCAAGAAAAAAUGUGUCAUUAAAGAAACAUUUCAGUGUGGUACUGCGUGAUUAAUUUAAGCGAAAAUAGGCGAUAUUUUUGCACAAUUCAUUUGCUCUCUAACGUUGCCCUAUCACAAGACAAGUAGUGAAUUUGAAUGUAUUAUUUUGUUCCCUUACUUCAACAUCCACGCACAUUUUUUUCCAGAACUUGAAUCAAGCAAAAAACAGGCUGAAGCCGAUAAGAAGGCCAUAGACGAUCUUGUUCGUGAGCGAGACAUCCUUAAUAAGGUGGGUCAAUAUGUCCGUACCUUGUAUCUUUCCUAAAGCUUUGCUUUCUCUUCUAGUAUUUAUAAAUUCUAAUACUUGUUUGAUAUUUGACUUUUUCGAUGCAGAACCUUCUCAAAGCAGCUGGCGCUACACAGAAGCAGCUCGGCCUUGUACGGUUACACGAGCAAACCAAGAAAAACUUAGAGCAAGAAAUUCAGGUGAGAAUACAGUCGUAAGGAAUAUACUUUUUCUGUACAGACAACAGCAUAGUUUUCUCGGGAACUUUGGUCAAGAUUAACGUUCGUACGGUAGCUCUUACAGAACCUUUGUGUGUGUGAGCCGUAAACAAGAUACCGUGAAACCUCUAUUAAGCCCCCUCCCAAAAAAUCCCCAUUUUUCAGGAAAGGAAAGUUAUUAAGCCCCAUCUCUUGAAAGCUCCCUCAUCUCCCUCCUUCCCGGGGGCUUAAUUUAGGAUUUACGGUCUGUGAUGUGCAGUAUUUCCCCUUGACGACUUUGUUUGAAAGUAUAAAGCUGUCGCUGACCCCGUGAACCUGGCGUAGCCGUUGUCACUUCACACAACAUCCUGCUGUCUUCUAUCCAUAACUUGAAGUCUUUUGAAUGAUUUUAGCUGUUAUCAUUACCGCCCUUUUCGUGCCUAAACAUUUUAAUCACUUCGUAACUCCAGAACUACAAAGAUGAAGCACAGAAGCAACGCAAAAUUAUCUACCAACUGGAAAAGGAGAGAGACCGUUACAUCAACGAAGCCAGCGAACUGACACAGAAGGUUCUACAGCACAUGGAGGAUGUUAAAGUCCGUGAGAUGCAAAUCUUUGAUUACAAGAAGAAAAUCGCUGAGGCUGAAACGAAGCUGAAGCAACAACAGGUGCGUUUUAAUUCAUACUACUUGAAUUGCCAUGGUAACCUGAGCAGGAGGCUUCUGUAGGAGAAAAGAACCUCUUACUGAGAAGGAUUAACACUUCGUUUGUUAGUUUUAUAAUGAGGAAGUUUGCAAACUGUAACCUUUAAGACCUACGGCAAUUGCCGCUGAAAUAAAUGUGUACGUUCAUAAAAGACCUUCUGUAAUAGGGAUCCAUAGGCAGUGAGAUCCGCAUACAGUGUAUGCAUUGACUACAUUGUAACGCUGAGCUCUGUUGAUAUGCCUGGUAAUGGCAGUCAGCUUAUCCCAAGGAGAUAAUGGAAUGGAAACUGGAUUUUAUAUUUCAUGGAUAAACAUUUUCAUGUUACUACCCCUCACCCCCUGUACACCGGCUAAAAAACGUAAUAAUAUCCCUGGCAUACAUUAAAGGAUGUGAUAGUUUGGGUGAUUUAUUUCUUACGCCCCGAAGUAAUGUGUCGGUUUCUUUGGUUGGAAAAAUGGAGUCUUGAAAAAUGGAGUAGAAGACCCCUUUUGAAACUUCAGUCCAUCUUUGUGUGUUAGUUUGAUACAUUUUUUUUGCUGUUGUUGUUCUAGAUUUUCUUUUUUUCAUUACUGUAUGUAAAAGCAGGCGAUGAUGAUGUGUAUGAUAUGUAUUUAAUCGGUAGAAUCUGUACGAAGCCGUGCGCAGUGAUCGCAACCUGUACAGCAAGAACCUUAUCGAGUCCCAGGACGAGAUCACCGAGAUGAAACGCAAACUGAAGAUUAUGAACCACCAGAUCGAUCAACUGAAGGAGGAAAUCAUGGCUAAAGAAGCGGCGCUUGUCAAGGAACAUCUGGAGCAUCAGAGAGUUGAAAAGGAAAAGGAUGCAUUGAAAGCUGAACUGCAGCGGAUGAAGCAACAGGCUGCGGAAUCCAAGGCUUACAUUGAACAACAAGAGGUUGAGGAAAGGAAGCUGUUGAAGAUCAUAUCAGAAGCUGAUGCUGAGAGACUCAGACAGAAGAAGGAACUUGAUCAGGUUGGUUCUUACUCCCUGCAAGCAGAGGCCCCGCCCCUCACACUUUUUCUCCUUUCGCGUGCGGCUCUCGCGUGACUUCUCGUGACUCCCGCAAAUGGAGAAGUUGCUCGUAGGCUAUUUCUUGUAUGGCCCUUGUUGCACGUUGUAUGUACUGACUCCUGUCACUCUUUUUUAGGUGAUUAGUGAAAGGGAUAUAUUGGGAACACAGCUUGUAAGAAGAAAUGACGAGUUAGCCUUGUUAUAUGAAAAGAUAAAGAUUCAACAGUCUACUCUCAACAAAGGUACGUUUUUCUUAAUACCCUUUUGAAUACCGCCUCUGACCAUUGACAUAAACUAAAAUAUAGACAUUGUUGUCUCCAGUCGAUGCAUAUGUAAAGGUGCGCACGAGCCAAAGGCCCACACGGCCGGUUUCCGUAGUAUGAAGCAAGCCUAGGAGUAUUGCUACUCCUGGACUGGAUGCUAGUCCAUCGCAAGGUUACCCCCCAGCAGAAUGUCGCCGGUACCGAUUUAUACACCUGGAUGAAGAGAGACAAACUGGAGUAAAGUUCCUUGUCUAAGGAAACAACGCGACGGGCGAGGUUUGAAUCCAGAACCUCCAGAUCCAGAGUUCGAAGUGUUAAACGGCCGGCCACACACGCCUCCACCCAGUCAAUGCAUAACACCUGUUUUUUGAUGAAGACAGCAAUGUGCCGUUAUAUUAAAGUUUUCUACCGUGAAAGCCUCCAAGUGAAAAUACAGUCUUCUUAAAGCUUAUGUACUGAAAAAAAAACCGUCAGCGCAUCCUCUUACUAAUGCAACUAGCAAUUCGCAACCAAGUGUUUUUACUCGCAGAUACCAUGUUGAUAUCCGCAGCGUCUCCUUGUAGAUGCUUGAACGGGGUGACAAGUUGUUCUUUGUUAAUUGGGUUUUGUUUUUAUAGGUGAGAUUCAGUACCGACAGAGGCUGGAAGAUAUUCGACUGCUUAAACUUGAAAUCAAGAAACUUCGCCGUGAGAAGAACAUUCUCACAAAGAGUGUGGCGAAUGUGGAGGACUUGAGGUAA